GAGCAGAGAGAAAGUGCGCUCGAUCGUUAAAGAGAAGAAUCAACCCCCGUUAACUGCACAGACGGUGGCGGAGAAACAGACUCAACAUAUCACUAACACCACAUGCGUCGCAUUUUGGGACAUUUUUACAUGAUUAUUCGAAUUUAUGCUGGAAUUAAAGCUGUUUGUUUCUUCGGAUACACACCAAAGACAAGUCGAGGAUACAGAUGAGAGUGACAGUUCUAGUGAUCAGCGCAGUUCAAGUGCGUAAAUGAGAUAUGUUGGAGAGAAUGAUAGUGUAACACUCGACUUAGAUCCACGCAACAGCCACACACUGGAAAUUUAAAAACAAACUGAAAAUUUCCACAUUCUUGCAAUGAGCGAUGAAAGCUCGAAUAUCCAAUAUAUUAUUUUCCUAAAGUUGACAUAUCUUGGAAAAACAACGAAUUCCUUUCCUCUGAAUCUGUGAAAGAAAAGCGCAGCAAAUGUGUUGGUUGUUGUAGAGCAAUGGAGAUGUGGUGUGGAUGCUGAAGGCAGUCAGGAUGCUGAUGCUGAGAGUUGCGUGGGCUAUAGCGGGAGCGGCGAUCUGCUGUUUUCUCAUCAUUCUCAUCCACUCUCGCUUCCUACGAGAAGGACAACUGGCAGCAGGCACAUGUGAGAUUGUCACUCUGGACAGAGACAGCAGUCAGCCACGCAGGACGAUUGCCAGACAGACGGCCCGUUGUGCAUGUAAGAAAGGACAGAUUGCUGGGACAACGAGAGCCAGGCCAGCCUGCGUGGAUGCUCGUAUCGUGAAGACCAAGCAGUGGUGUGACAUGGUGCCCUGUCUAGAGGAUGAAGGUUGUGACCUGUUAGUUAAUAAAUCAGGCUGGACUUGUACACAGCCCAGCGGCAGAGUGAAAACUACAACGGUGUCCUAACACUGAAAGGGGUUCCUGGAGCACCACGAGAUGAAGCCUCUUGCUGCUUCGCCCACCUGCUGUAGAUACUUGCUAUGUCUCAUCUGCUUAACACCUGGCUCUGCAGCAAUGGGCAGCAACCCCUUGUGCCACGGAGAAAAUACUGUACAUUCACAAAGCGCCUCACAGAUUGUGGUACAGUAAGAGCCUUAAUGACUUUAAGAUGAAGCACAGGACAAUGAGGCACCUACCCUGUCUAAGACAACCCUGAACCAGACACAGGCUUCAUGGGGCUCCUUCAGCAUUUCUUAUCUGAUCUGAAACUGUGAAUCUAACUGCUCUGUGAAAAAGCUUUCUGCUGGAUUAUGUUUUUGACACUCUGUCUUUUUUUACAGACCAAAGAAGAAAAGUAAUACACCAAUAAUAAUAAUAAUAAUAAUAAAUGCAUUGAUUAUAUGAGCGCGGACUGAAGAACAGACUUUUAAGGGAAAAUUUAGGCAAAGAAAUUAUAAACCUAAAUGUAAAGAGAGAGAGAGAUAAGGACUAUUCUAUACAGCAGUGCUCUACAAAUGAAAACACUGAUGUGGAACAUUAAAAUGACUGGGUCAACCAUUCACAUUUAUCACAAUCAGAGAAGAACCUUUAGUACUUUAGUACAUGUCCUUGAACUGAAUUAAUCACUGUAUUCCAAGGGUAACAAGGAUAUAGAUACUGUACACAUAAAGACUUCAAUAAAUGUAAUUUCCAUUUUUCAGUAGCAAAAUUUUGGAUGAUUUGCAUUAAGUAUGGUUAAAUGGAAGAGUACCACAUUGCUUAUCGUAAGAAAAUAUUUAAAAAAGAAACACUAAAAAAAUAAAAAAUUUUAUUCCCAGGAGUAAAAUAUGUCAUCACAUGUAUUUUGAAAGGCCUACAAGUUAUAUUUUUAACAGUUUUAUAUGUUGAACCUUUGUGAAUAACCUUAUUUAACAUGAAUAACAUGGAAAUGAGAGAUACAGAACAUGGGUCAUGCUUUGCUCCAUAAAGCAGGACUGUCUUACUGUUUAUGUUCAAAUUCAAGUAGCAAUUUUCCUUGUUUCAUGUUCAAAAACAUAACCACGGGUACUCAUAAAUAGGAAUAAAAAUUGACAAAAACAAACACACAAAAAUAUUGAUUUAUUGUAGAAAAGCAAUCAUUCAGUUCCAAGUAUUACACAGAGUCAUAUAAACUGCUUUUAACUUUUGUAUUUUAAAGGUUUGGAGAAAACAACUUCUAUUUGGGGUUUCUGACGUACAAUUAUUAUAUUUUUUUUGUGCUUGUGUUUGUUUGCACAGUGCUCACCUUCAAGCCUUGACAGCUCCAGAGACAGUUCAGAAAGUCUUAAAUUAAUUUACAUGAAAUACUUGUUUUUCCAUCCAUCCAUCAUCUUCCGGAGCCGGGUCGCGGGGGCAACAGUUUAAGCAGAGACGCCUAGACUUCCCUCUCCCUAGCCACUUCCUCCAGCUCUUCCGGGGGAACCCCGAGGCGUUCCGAGGGCAGCCGGGAGACAUAGUCCCUCCAGCGUGUCCUAGGUCUUCCCCGGGGCAUCCUCCCGGUGGGACGUGCCUGGAACACCUCCCUGGGAAGGCGUCAUGGAGGCAUCCGAAAUAGAUGCCCCAGCCACCUCAGCUGGCUCCUCUCGAUGUGGAGGAGCAACAGCUCUACUCUGAGCUCCUCGUGAGUUUAUCAACCUAUCUCUAAGGGAGCGCCCAGCCACCCUACGGAGAAAGCUAAUUGACCAUAGGUGAGAGUAGGAACGUAGAUUGACUGUAAAUCGAGAGCUUUGCCAUACAGCUCAGCUCCUUCUUCACCACGACAGACUGGUACAGCGACCGCAUUACUGCAAAAGCUGCACCGAUCCGUCUGUCAAUCUCCCGUUCCAUCCUUCACUCACUCAUGAACAAGACCCCAAGAUACCUGAACUCCUCCACUUGAGGCAGGAACUCUCCACCAACCUGAAGUGGGCAAUCCACCUUUUCCGACUGAGAACCAUGGCCUCGGACUUGGAGGUGCUGAUUCUCAUCCCAGCCGCUUCACACUCGGCUGCAAACAGACCCAGUGCAAGCUGAAGAUCCUGGUCUGAGGAGGCCAACACGACAACAUCAUCCGCAAAAAGAGCUUUUUAACUACCUCGAUGACAUUAGCCCGGGUGAUGAACGAGUCCUCCUCCGAGUCCCCAGCCACUGCUUCCUCAACGGAAGACAAGUCGGUGGGAUUGAGGAGAUCCUCGAAGUAUUUCUUCCACCGCCCAACGAUAUCCCCAGUUGAGGUCAACAGGUGCCCAUCUCCACUGUAAACAGUGUUGGUAGAGCACUGCUUCCCCCUCCUGAGGCGUUGAAUGGUUUAACAGAAACUCGUCGAGGCCAACCAAGUCUUUCUCCAUGGCCUCACCGAACUCCUCCCAGGCCCAAUUUUUUGCCUCCACGACUACCCGGGCUGCAGUCCGCUUGGUCUGCCGGUACCUGUCAGCUGCCUCCGGAGUCCCACAAGCCAUCCAGGCCCGAUAGUACUCCUUCUUCAGCUUGACAACAUCCCUUACUUCCGGUGUCCACCACCGGGAUCGGGGAUUGCUGCCUCGACUGGCACCGAAGACCUUACGGCCACAGCUACUUGUUUUUAUCAUUAAAUAUUUUAAGAAUAAAUUAAAUAAGUGAAAAUAAGUUGCUAAAACAAAAUUGUAAUUUCAUUAUGUUUAUGGCUGUUUCUUUCUCUGUUUAAAAUGAGCAAUGCCUGGUAUGGCGAUCUACAUUUGGAGGCACAUAUGAUUUAUUGAUUCAGAUGUGGAAGACAAUUUAGGUGAAUUCACUAAACAGUGCUGAAUCCUUUCUUUCUUUCUUUCUUUCUUUCUUUCUUUCUUUCUUUCUUUCUUCACUAAGCAACUUCAAUCCAGUUUAACCAAAAGUUAAAUGUGCUGAAUUGAAUAAUAAUAAUAAUAAUAAUAAUAAUAAUAAUAAUAAUUUUGUUCAUUUAAAAAUGUGUUCGUUUUAAAUAAAUGUAAAAUGUAACUUAACCUAUAGUUUAUUUUAUUUUGAUUGUUGUUUCCUCUCGAGUCAGUCAUGGUCAACAUUACGUCAUUUACUGAUGAAUCGCUAGAGAGAUUAAUCACCUUUGAAUGUUAACAAAACAAUCCAAUGAAUGUUGGCAUGCGAGAUUUGCAUUGCGCACCCUGUCCCGCAGUGCGGGUAUAUAGGGAGAGCGUGUGCAGUCGCACAUUCAGCUUUUCACUUUGGAGCCCUACCUUACAGCUACCAAGCAGGAGUGUCAUCAAGACAUUCGCGAAUGUUGGUGUAACAGUGUGUCAAUGGGGGUUGCCAGAGCUGCUGCUUUGAUCAUUGCAACUCCUCCUAGGCGCUUCAAAACUUCUGUGUUUUUUUCUAAAAGAGCAAUUACUCCAUUGGAUCCAUCUGAUGGUCAUGAUUGCUGCAUCUCAUGCCUGGGCCUUGAGCAUGCUGAGGCAGUGCUUGUGGAUGCCUGCAGGAACAUGACAAUUGCGAUGUAAAAGAAAGCAAACAUAACCCCAGGUAUUUAUUCAAUACAUGGGCUAAAUUAACUAAAAAUAAAGCAUCAACAAGUGUUGACAUUUCCCAGCAUCACAGCAGUAAUGACUUUAUGAACUACUUCUAAAAUCAAUACUAUUAGAGUUAAAAUUGUAACCAUGCAGCCAUCAGCUACAGUAUAGCAUCUGCACUAUUGUGCACUAUAGAUCCCCAGAGGAACAGUUCCACUCAAUCUCCACUAUAGGAGAGGAAGAAUUGUAUAAACCAACAAUAUGUAUGUUAGACCCUAUUCCAUCUAAGCUCCUAAAAGAGAUACUUCCAGUUCAUUGUCAUAAGAAUAAGUCCCCAAAACCUUCAAACCGGCUGUUAUUAAGCCUCUCAUCAAAAAACCACAACUUAACCCCAAAGAACAAGUAAAUUAUAGACCCAUCUCGAAUGUCCCUUUUCUGUCCAAGAUACUAGAAAAGGUAGUAUCCUCACAUUUAUAUUCUUUCUUAAAAAAAAAAAGGGUAUCUGUGAGGAUUCCCAGUCAGGAUUUAGACCAUAUCAUAGUACUGAGACUGCUCUCCUAGUUAUAAUCCUGAGUUAUAAAUGACCCUCCUGAGUUAUAAAUGACCUGCUCUUAUCAUCUGAUCGUGGUUGUACCUCUCUUUUAGUGCUAUUGGAUCUUGGUGUUAGCUUUCACUGUUAUGCUUAUGAUACUCAGCUCUAUAUUUCUUCGCGGCCUGGCGAAACAUACCAAUUUGAAAAACUAACAGAUUGCAUAGUCGAUAUAAAAAACUGGAUGACGAGUAAUUUCUUACUGCUAAAUUCUGAAAAACAGAGGUGUUAAUUAUAGGACUUAAAACCUCUGCAUGCAAUAACCUAGAAUGCUGUCUAAGUCUUGAUGGCUGCUAUGUCAAUUCUUCGUCAUCAAUUAGGAACCUAGGUGUGCUAUUUGAUAGCAAUCUUUCCUUAGAAAGCCACGUUUCUAGCAUUUGUAAAACUGCAUUUUUCCAUCUCAAAAAAUAUACAGUAUAUGCUCUCAAUGUCAAAUGCAGAAAUGUUAAUCCAUGCGUUUAUGACCUCAAGGUUAGAUUAUUGUAAUGCUUUUUGGGGUUGUUGUUCUGCACUUUAAAUAAACACACUCCAGUUAGUCCAAAAUGCAGCAUCUAGAGUUCUUACUAGAACCAGGAUGUUUGACCAUUUUAGUCCGGUUCUGUCAACACUGCACUGGCUCCCUAUCAAACAUUGUAUAGAUUUUAAAAUCUUGUAUAUUACUUGUAUAUUACCCUGAAUGGUUUAGCACCUCAGUAUUUGAACUUGUUACAUUAUAGUCCUCAACGUCCGCUGCAUUCUGGAAACUGGCAAUUUGAUAAUACCUAGAAUAUCAAAAUCAACUGCUGGCGGCAGAUCCUUUUCCUAUUUGCCGCCUAAACUCUGGAAUACCCUACAUAACAUUGUUCGGGAGGCAGAGACACUUUUGCAGUUUAAAUCUACAUUAAAGACCCAUCUCUUUAACCUGGCUUACACAUAACAUACUAAUACGCUUCUAAUAUCCAAAUCCGGUUUUUAGGCUGCAUUAAUUAGGUAAACCGGAACCGGGAACACUUCCCAUAACACCCAUUGUACUUGCUACAUCAUUAGAAGAAUGGCAUCUACACCAAUAUUGGUCUUUUUCUCUCUUAUUCUGAGGUCACCGUAUUCACCAGAUCCAGUAUGUGUCCAGAUCAGAGUGUCACUUGCAGCCACCCGGAUCAGUUUCCUCAACUAUAUAUUGCUUUAGAUACAUUGGUUCCUCAACUAUAUAUUGGUUUUUUCAACUAUAUAUUGGUUUGUUCAAACACACAUUGGUUAUAUAAGUUUAGAUAUUUUCAGAAUUGAUGUGUGAAAUUUCUGGUCACAUGAUAAGAUCACAGAAUCAAACUAACUUCCUCAUCUAUUCAGAAAUGGUUAAAGGUUGUUGAAAAUGAGUUCAGAUGAAGUUUGGGCAUAUUUUGAUGGAUUGCAAAGAAUUCUUUAUAGUAUCAUCUUGCCCACUUUGGAGUCUUCAGAAGCAGAAGUUUUAUAAAGACGUCUUGAGGAUCAUAAAUACAUAAUUUCAUCUUUUAUUGUAUGUCUCUCUUCUAAACAGGCCUAAAAUAAUUUGACUACAGAUGACCUGACUUUGUUUUUAGAGCAACUUUCAGCAGAAAUUGAUUUCUUACUUCAGAGUAUUUUUGAAAACCACAGAGAAGCGAGUUCCAGAUGGCCUGCAUUUCAUUUGAGGGUUGUCCAUACAGGGGACCUUGGAAGACCAAGGUAUGUAUUGUAUUCUAAUAGCAUCUUGUCAAUAUUGUCAGGGUUUGGCAAGGAGGAACUCAAGUGCAGACAGGGAUCACAACACACAGGGUUUAUUAGAUACAAAAAAGGGGGAAAACAAAACCCACGAGGGGGAAAACACUGACUAGGGUAAAUACAAAAUAACUAAACAGGACUAUGUUGACACGAUAAAGACUCAAAACACUAGAACACUAACUACAAAUAAACACUUACGGAUAUACAAAGACUUCUCAAAGGGGUGACAAGGAUACACUCUCUCACGAGGCUGACAAGUAGAAACACAUAAGGAAACAAUCUCAAGAAGGAACAAUCUCAGUGUGGAACAAUGAACCGACAAAAGACAGAGCACACUAGGGGAUCUAAAUAGGAGAACUAAUUAAGACACAACAGGUGGCACAGAUACGGCAAUCACGACAAGACUAGGAUAACAAGGGGGGCGGGGCAAGGGAACGAGACAACACAAGCACAUGGCCCAAAGACAAGGCCAUGUGCUUGUACACAAAACACCAGUCUGUCAUGAUCCUGCCUCAAGACUAGAGAAAAGUCAGGACAUGAAGGCAGAAUCAUGACAGAAUCCCUCCCUUAAGGAGCGGCUUCCAGACGCUCCCCAAGGGAACAUCAAACGCAGGACAGGACUGACUGGGAAAGAGACAAAAACCAACAAGACAUGACAAACAACAACAAAGGCAAACAAGAAUACACUACGACAGGGUUAGGGUGACAAAUCAAAAAAAAAAAAGGAAGGGGAGGAGGCGGGACAACA